AUGGAGCCAACAGACGUAUCAAUUAAGCAGGUCUCGAGCGAAACCGACACCAUGUUCCGACCUCCCGUGAACCGUGCCAUGCUCACGCUCGACCGGUCAUUUUUCCGCAAAACUAUACCCCUCUCCGCCGCCCGAGUUUUUAAGCCUACUGAUAUUUCGAACGUCCGGAAGGAGCUGGCAAAUCAGGAUCUCUUGGUACUACCGCGUGUCAGUAGUAUUCGCGAAGUGAAGGACCAGGAGGGUUCAGUGUUCAAGGGCUUGUUGCUUCGGGAGAAUGUCAAGGUCAAUGAUAAAACUACAUGGUCGCCGACUAUCCAGGCACUUGUGGAAAAAGGCACUGUGGCUCUUGGGCCCUAUGACUUGACAUUGGAAUAUGACCAUUGGACCUAUGCGGAGAUCAUCGCAUCGAUCCUACCUGAGGAUCUGAUGGAAGAGAUGCCUCAAGGGUUCACCCAGGUGGGGCACGUCUUGCACCUCAAUCUCCGUGAACGAUACCUCCCAUAUAAGCACAUUAUUGCCGAAAUCCUCAUGGACAAGAACCCAACCAUCCGGACCGUCAUCAACAAGAUCGAAGAUGUCGGCUCUCAGUCCGUGUUCCGCACCUUCCCAUUCGAGCUGCUGGCAGGCGAGAACGACUUGAACGUAGUCCAACACGAACAGGACUGCGAAUUUCACUUCGACUAUGCCCGUGUCUACUGGAACAGUCGUCUGGAGACCGAGCACCGCCGCCUGGUCGACAAAUUCCGUCCCAGCGAAAUGGUCUGCGACGUGAUGGCUGGUGUCGGCCCCUUCGCUGUGCCAGCAGGCAAGAAGAAGAUCUUCGUCUGGGGCAAUGAUCUCAACCCUCACGGAUAUGAGGUGAUGCAGGAUGCCAUAGUGCGCAAUAAGGUGCAAGAAUUUGUUACCCCGUUCAAUAUGGACGGCCGCGAGUUCAUCCGGUCUUCGAGCAAGAACCUUCUGGAUGCAGAACCUCUUACUGUCACCCUUCACCCCAAGAUUCGCAGAGAUAAGAAGCGCAAGAUCGAGCAGGGUAAGGAGGACCCUCUGCCCCCACCAAAGACAUACACCCGUCCCAAUAUUGUCGACCACUAUGUUAUGAACUUGCCCGCUACUGCCAUCGAAUUUCUUGAUGCAUUCCCCGGAUUGUAUGCCGGGAAGGAAGAGCUGUUCGCGCCUACUACGGGAAACAAACUGCCCAUGGUUCACGUGUACUGUUUCUCGGGACACUCCGAUAAUGAGGUUGAUGAUCACAUUGAUAUCUGCGAGAGAGUCUCCGAGCGUAUUGGAUACAAGAUCACCGUUGACGAUUGUGUGGGAGGUAGUGGUGACCAAACCGUUGAGCUUGCCAUUCAUAAUGUCAGGUUGGUUAGUCCUAAGAAGCAAAUGUUCUGUGCUAGCUUCCGUCUGCCGCGGGACGUCGCUUUUCGGAAAGUAUAG